AUGCCUUACUUGGACCAUGCUGGAGCGUCUCUUCCUUCUGAUGAACAAAUGGCAGAAGUUGCUAAAUUGUACUCUGAUAGUCGUCUGGCAAACCCUCAUUCACACCAUCAAAGCGCCGUCCGUACAAAACAGAUUGUGGAUUGCGCUCGAUUGAGGUUAUUUUAUCGGAUUUCUAGCUUUCUAUGGAACUAUAAAGACUGUUGGUAAUUUAAGACUAUUUCGAAACUUUAUCUUCAUAAGCUCAUAAAAUUGUUUUUCGCCUCCAAAAAUCACUAAUUGGCGGUUUUUCCUGUUAGAGAAGAAAAAUAUUUUUUUGAGAUAAAGAGAACUGAGGUUUCGAAGGCUUUGCGAGAGGUUCAGAGAUUCUCUAAUCAAAAGAUUCUUCCCUAUUUCAUGAGUUUUUCUCAAUUAAUUUUUUUCUUUUUUUAGAGUCCUCCGAAAUUUCAACACAGAAUCUUCGGCCUACUAUGUUGUUUUCACAGCAAACACUUCUCAUUCGCUGAAAAUCGUCGCCGAAAAUUUUUCCUUCCGCUCAACUGGUGGAAAAGAUAAGGAAAUACAAGAUCAUUUGGUGACGGAUGCUUCACAGUUUGCCUACUUUCAAGAUUCACAUCAUUCCAUAGUUGGCUUGCGGGAAAUCGUUCGAGAGAAGGUUUCUAGCUUCAAAAAAUUCUAGGAAAAAUUGAUUUCAGGUGGACUCAAUAGCUUGUUUACCUGAUGAUUAUCCGAAUGAAAAUGAAAUUCCAAGUACUUCAAAAAGCCUUUUUGUAAUGACAGCGGCGAGUAACUUCUGUGGCAGAAAAUACCCUUUGGACUGGAUUGAGAGGUUCCAAAAGAAAGGUUUCUUGAUGAAAAGCUUUGAAAUUUUUUCUUUGAUACGUUUUUUUUAUUUUAAGUCAGAAAAAUUCUGUAAUUCAAUAAUUCAGGCUGGUCUGUAUGCAUCGAUGCUGCCUCCUGGGUCUCCACCUCUCCACUUGACUUGAACCGCUACAAACCCAAUUUUGUCGCUUUUUCCUUCUACAAAAUAUUUGGAUAUCCAACAGGCCUUGGAGCCUUGCUGAUAAGAAAAGGUUCAUCAUUUUUGUAACCUAAAACUUUUUCUUUUUACAAGAUUCCAUAAAUCUUCUCAAGAAGACAAGCUUUGCCGGAGGAACUGUGGCUUCUCUUCUGGAAAAACUCACACUUUUCGAUCCUUAGAGACGGAGAAAGUCGUUUCGAAGAAGGAACUUUUAAUUAUUACGCCAUAGCUGCCUUGCAGAAAGGGUUUGAUGACAUCGAAAAAUGCGGUUUGAAAUGAAUUUUUGAUAAUCUUAAUUUUUUUUAAGGCGGGAUGAAAAAAAUUCAAGAUCACGCUUAUCACAUAGCAAAGUAUGCCUACCGAAUGCUUGAAAGUAAAUCUCACUACAAUGGAGAGAAAGUUGUUGAAUUUUAUCUCCGAAACAAUAAAUUUGGUCCAAAACACGAGCAAGGACCACUUAUUUCCUUCAAUUUGAAGACGUCAGCGGGAAGGUAUCACGGGUACAAAACGGUAUAUUUUUUAAAAAUAAGAAAGUAAACUUUGAAUGUUCAGGUUGAAAAGAUCUCGGCAAUUUUCGGCAUCGAACUCCGUACGGGUUGUUUCUGCAAUAUUGGCGCAUGUCGUAAAUAUUUGAAUUUGGCGCCUGAAAUUGUUCGAUAUAAUCAAAUGGUAGGGAUAAUGAUAAGAAUGAGACAAUUUUUGAUGGACGUUUUAGAAAGGGAAGAAAUGUGGCGAUGAUAUGGACUUGAUAAAUGGCAAGCCAACUGGAGCCCUCAGAGUUUCUUUUGGUCGCCGUUCCACACUCGAGGUCAGUUUAUUCUUUUUUGAAGUUUUUUCGAUCUGCUGAAACGUUCAAAAAUUAUAUAAUGCUUACGAAAACGCUUGAAGGACCUUUAUAUGGAUUGAGACAUGAGCAAGCUUCAAAUUUGAAAGCUCAAGAAAUGUGAUAAAAAACUUUUUUGAGCCAACCAACUCACUUUCCAAAAGAUAAAAAAAGUUUUAGUGUGUCAAAGCUCUGGAAACCAUGAUCGACUUGUGCUUUGUUGAAUCCACCAUAGCUAAAUAUUCUGCUCCAGCUCUACCAAUUGAAUCUUACCGACCAACUCUUGUGAAAAUUGUGAGCUUUCCUGUGAAAAGUGUCAUGGGCAUCGAAUAUGAAAGGUUUUUUGAUUUGUUUUCUUUUCUAUUUUCACUUUCAGGUGUGAAUUAACCCCUCGAGGGCUCAUGUUUGACAGAGAAUUCAUGAUUGUCCAAAAUGACUAUACCUUGUCUCUGAAAAGUCACCCUCAACUGUGUAGAUUAAACACAAAUGUGAGUUUUUGUUUUCUUAUAUUCUCCUAAUUCUUUCGGUUCAGAUUUCUUCGGAGUACUUGGAGAUUCGGGUGAGAGGCGAAGACGAAAAGUUUCGAAUUCCGAUGGAUAUUUUAGAGAUGAAUGGAAAUGACAACAUUGUCUGCGAAACUGCGUAAGUUAAGGUUUUUUUUUCGAGAAUUGUAAGUAUUUUAUCAAGGGUCAAAACUAUUGACUAUGGUGACGAUGUUGGAGAAUGGCUUGACGAUAGUUUGGAUCUCAGUGGUUGCCGUUUGAUGAGAAGGGCGGAAGGUUCGUUUUUCCUCAAUCAGAAUAUCCCUUUUCAAAGUUCAAGUUUAGUCACUGAAAGAAAUUUGGUCAAUGAUUCGCCUUUUUUAAUGGUCAACGAAUCGUCCAUGCUUCUUCUACAGCAAGCUACAGGUUUUUAGAAAAUUUUGAGAUUUCUUGGACCUCUGAAAACUUUCUACAGGCCUUGAAAUAGAAGAGCUCAUAAAAAGAUUCCGAUCGAACUUUGUCAUACGAGGACUCCCGCCGCUUGUUGAGGACUCUAUGAAAUCUGUGAGAAUUGGCGAUUGCAUUUUUUUGAUGUGAGUUUAUAAACUUUCAUUUUUCUAUAUAGAUUUUUCAUAUUUCUCAGGUCAAAAGCUUGUGCACACGUUGCGAGAUGAUUUGUAUCAAUCCUGAAAACGGAGCCAAGGAGAAGGAGCUUUUGCUGGCUCUGAGAGAACUCAGGGAAUCUUCAAAAGUAUGAAAAGAGUUUUUUGCUACGAGAAAGCCUCGAGAAACAGUGAUCUAAUCUUUCAAAAAUCAAAAAAUUGUUUUAGAUGACAUUCGGAAUCUACUUGGCUCAACGGAAUCAUCAACCAGGGGACUUUGUUGAAGUGGGAUCCGACGUUACUGUUUCAACUACUUCUUGA